UUUGAGGUUGCUGUGAGCCAGGCUGACGCUACAGCAGUCUACUCAGGUCAACGGAGUGAGACUCUGUCUCCAAAAAAGAAAAAAAACAAAACCAAAAACGUGGUGCUGGAAGAGGUGAACAGUGCAGAGGUGUCGGGUACGCCGUUUCCCUCCCUCAGAAAGGACCUGGCGAGUCCACAGCUGCCUCUGCACGGUUUGCAGACCACAGCUCUGUGCCCGUCCCCUUUUCCCUCUUGAUGGCUGGAAGUUUUCCCCCCCCGCCCCCCCACGCUACAGCAAGCCCUGUGUGGCCGGCGCUGCUGCAGGUGUUCCUAUUAGGCCAUUUGUUCCCAGCCAUGGUGUAUGUAGGACUUUUCUUUGUCCUUUGAUUUCAGCCGCAUCAGAACACAUGACCUGGGUCAGACCUCAAUGAACUGUUACGUGCUGUUCUCCUUUCCUGUGUCUGUGACAGGUUUAAUUUAACCAGAAAAGGUUGCAGAUCCUCAAGGUUAACGUACAAAUAGUGCGCACUGAUCUGAGAAACUCGCUGGCAUUUCUGGUUGUUGCCAUUGGUUGCAGCUCCCCUUCCUCUGUUGAUGUGACUUUGGAAAAUGCCAGAAGCGCUGGGCUUUCUCUCCAGGAUUUGCUGGCGCCCAUUCCUGUCUCCUGGGACUAGCAUGAAAGGAGCACCGCCCACACCUCCCACCAGGGCCACCAAACGUGGGCAGAGAGACGCAGGCCACUCCAAGCCUCAAGGCGCCCACCAUGUUCUGCUCGCUGCCCUGGGAGCUCCUCCACCCUGUUGGAAGAGCGUGCAGGGUGGAGGGGGAGGCUGCGGUCCCUCCAGCCCAGCCCUAGAAUAGGGCCCAGGGAGCAGAGCCUCCCAGCUGACCUGUGAGCAUGAGAAAUGUGUACUGUUGUCUGCGCUUCCUUUUGAGGUGGCUUGUUACACAGCAACAGCUGACUGAGAUGGGAAAGAUGUCUGUCUGGGAGUGGAGGAAGAGUGAUGGAAACUCAACAUCUGAAAAGGUUACUGUCCCCAGGGACAGGAUGACUUUUUCAGGACAUGAAAUGAAUCUUCCGUGGAAUCAUGUUAUGUCAGUUGAUUCCUAACCCUCAGGGGAAGGCAGUGAAGGUCUUAACCCAUCUGAUAGAUGAAGACACUGAGGUCCCAGGUGGGUGAAGGUAUAGGGUGUGCCUGGCCAGGGGCCCACGUCUCUGACACCCAGGCCAGGCCCUUCCCGGGCUGUGCUGCUCUCACUAGAGUCGGAGGGCUACCGCAUGGCAGGCAGCAGGUGCACAAGUACACACAAGUGGGGCCUGAGUCCCGACCUUCCUUCUGGUGCGUAGGGGAAGGAGGCAGGCACCGUGCCCGGGACUGAGAACAGACAGGGUAGCGUUCGGUUGAGCUAGGAGGGGACGACAGACCAGAUGGGCACCUCCGUGCCGGGAACCAGGGUCAGACAUCCACGCUAUGAGCAAUAACUGGUGUCCCCUGUGUCUGGCUGGAGGCUGGACCAGGUGGCCUCUUGUUAGGGGAUGGUGGCUGCCCUCUAGGCUCACUCCCUUUCCCCAGGAUGGUCUUGGUCAGACACGUGUCCAGGAAAGGAAAACACCAAAGUCAGAGGAUCAGGCCAUAUACGCUGAAGACUGCAGUGGCCUUGCUUGGUGUUUGGCCACCAGAUUUUGACAUGCUCAAGGCUGUCCCAACAUCAGGGAUUGAGAACGGGAAGAAUCGGCAGUCAAAACUUUAAGUCCAAGAUGGGGCUUCUGGCAGCUGGGGGAGCAGGUCCGGAGGUCCCGUCUCAGACACUGUAUCCAGGGACAAAUGAGUUGAUCCACCUUAGUGCAGCCAACCAGAGCCGUCUGUCAGCGUGUUUUUAUUACUUAAAGGGAAACUCCCAUCUUGAAGUUGGUUUCCCUUCUGACUGUUUUUAAUCCCCACUAGGUCCGCCUCCUGCGUCAUGCUGGCCAGUGCAGCGGUACCUUCCGGGCUUUGACCUUGGCCUCUGGUGACUCCUGCCGCAGCAAGAACCUUGUAGAAAUAGUGCGUGUCAGCAACCUGUGUGCAUGGAAGCCGCCCAGACACCCUCAGGUGUGCACGUGUCCCGGGGAAGGUCAGGCUGCCAACCUUUAAAGCCCCGGGGGAGCACACGCUGCCCGUGCAGAACCCCGAGCCCAGCAGCACUGCCAGGACCUCACAGCCGUGCUUCUUCAGAGGCUUCCCUUUGUAGACUAAUUUUUUCUUACGAAAGGAGAAAAUCAACAUAAAAGAAAUUGUAGAUUCUUGGCAGAAUUGCUGUCAUCUCUGCAGACAGCGUUGUUACCUCAGGAUGAGGGGCACGAGGCUGCUGGGAGAGCUGCUGGCCCUCGCCAGCCUGCUGCAGGUGGCCCCGACUCUGAGAAUUGCAGCCUUCAACAUCCAGACUUUUGGGGAGACCAAGAUGUCCAAUGCCACGCUCUCCAACUACAUUGUGCAGAUUCUGAGUCGCUACGACGUUGCCCUGGUCCAGGAAGUCAGAGACAGCCACCUGACGGCCGUGGGGAAGCUGCUGGACAAACUCAAUCAGGAUGCACCAGAUACCUACCGCUACGUUGUCAGUGAGCCCCUGGGACGCAACAGCUACAAGGAGCGCUACCUCUUUGUGUACAGGCCUGACCAGGUGGCCGUGCUGGACAGCUACUAUUACGACGAUGGCUGUGAGCCCUGUGGGAAUGACACCUUUAGUCGAGAGCCAGCUAUUGUCAAGUUCUCCUCCCCGUUCACGGAGGUCAGGGAGUUUGCCAUCGUGCCCCUGCACGCAGCCCCAGCCGAUGCGGUGGCUGAGAUUGACGCCCUCUAUGAUGUCUACCUGGAUGUCAGACAGAAGUGGGACGUGGAGGACAUCAUGUUGAUGGGCGACUUCAACGCUGGCUGCAGCUACGUGAGCCCCUCCCACUGGCCGUCCAUCCGCCUGCGUACGAACUCUGCCUUCCAGUGGCUGAUUCCCGACUCGGCUGACACCACGGUGACGUCCACGCACUGUCCCUAUGACCGCAUUGUGGUCUCAGGGUCGGUGCUGCAAGGCGCCGUGGUUCCGGGCUCGGCUGCUCCUUUUGACUUCCAAGCUACGUAUGGCCUGAGUGACCAGCUGGCCCUGGCCAUCAGUGACCACUACCCGGUGGAGGUGACACUGAAGACAGCCUGACUUGAGCAGCACACGGAGACCUCGUGGCCCCAAGCACAGCCCCCUCCCUCCCCGCCAAGAACACGGGCUAUGUCACCAAGGCACCCUGCCUUCUCAGAGCCUGGACAAAAUGUCUAUCAUGUAGAUUAAAAAAUACCUUUUAAUUUA